CACAGAAGUGGACCAGCCGAAUGGCCGGUGCCGGGGCCAAAAAAUCAGGCCUAGGCUGGUCGGGGGCCUGGGGGCUGACUGCCCUCAUGUACAGCCUGUGCUUCCCGGCACUGCAAGCUCAGGACACCGAGCCCAACCUGUCGCAGAUAUGUGGCAGGAACAAAUUAGCCCCGAAGAUCUUAGGUGGAAAGAGGGCAGGACCUGAACGGUGGCCAUGGCAGGCUGCUCUACUUCUCAGAGGCAAAUUUAUCUGUGGAGCUGCCCUCAUUGACAGCAACUGGGUGGCCUCUGCGGCCCACUGCUUCCAAAGGUGCAAUUUCCCUCUGUGGGAAGUCCCUGACUUCAUCUCACACCCUAAGGAUGCCCUGCACUCCCCCAUCCCCACUUCCACUUUGGGAGAUUCUGGGGGUCCCCUUGUCUGCCCGUUGGAAGGUGUUUGGUACCUGUUUGGACUAUCAAGUUGGAGCCACAUAUGUCAACCCCCUGUUGGUCCCAGUGUCUUCACCAAUAUCAGCUACUUUGCCGGCUGGAUUAAGAAGCACAUGAAGGAGAAUCCUGCGCCCGAUCCUGGAAAGGCUCCUCCUGAAGAAAAAGCACCUGCUCUGUCCACUGAUGUAUCUAGUGAAACUGUCCUGAAGCCCGGGAUGACUGUGCUGCUGUCUGCGCAGUUCCUCCUGCUGUGGCUGAGUUUGGUCAGUGCUCAGUGACAGGCUCGCAGCACGUCCACACCCAGCUUUCCUCCCCAAGGCCCCUGGCUGAGCUCUGUACUGUCCUUCCAUGCUUCCAUCUCUGGGCUGUCCUGUCCAUCUAAGGCCCAGGCCUGAUGAAAUAAAAACAACCCAAGGAA